CGCGCCUCCUCCCUUCCCGUCUUCUUCUUCUCUUCCCCCCUCGGCUUCGAGGGGUUUUUUUCUUUCCUUUUUUCUUUUAUUUUUCUUUUUUUAUUUUCGUUUUUUCCUUCCGCGAUCCUCCCGUUGGGGUUUUCCGCCCCGACGAAACCCUAAUAACCGGCGGGGGGCGAGCGCCGGCGGCAUGCACCAGCAGCGGAUGAAGCAGGCGGCGGCGGCGGCGCAGCAGCAGCAGCAGCUGAUGCAGCAGGCGCUGCUCCUGCAGCAGCAGCAGCAGGCGCAGCCGCCCUUGUUCCCCGGGCACCACCCGCACCCCGGCCUCCUCGCCGCGCCGCAGAUUGAGCCCAUAGUUAGCGGAAACCUUCCUCCUGGGUUUGAUUCAAGUACAUGCCGCAGCGUGUAUGUUGGCAAUAUCCAUCUUCAAGUGACGGACACGUUACUGCAGGAAGUCUUCCGAAGUAUUGGUCCAGUAGAAGGUUGCAAGCUCAUCAGAAAAGAAAAGUCAUCUUUUGGUUUCAUCGACUACUAUGACCGCCGAUCUGCUGCACUAGCAAUUUUAUCUCUCAACGGCAAACAACUGUGUGGUCAGCCAAUUAAAGUCAAUUGGGCAUAUACAAGUACUCAGAGGGAGGAUACAUCAGGCCAUUUUAAUAUUUUUGUUGGGGAUCUUUGCCCAGAAAUCACUGAUGCUGCUCUAUUUGCCUUUUUCUCUGGAUACUCUACCUGCUCAGAUGCUAGGGUUAUGUGGGACCAAAAAACAGGACGAUCCAGAGGGUUCGGUUUUGUUUCUUUCAGGAAUCAGCAGGAUGCUCAAAAUGCGAUAAAUGACUUGAAUGGGAAGUGGCUUGGCAACCGUCAAAUUCGUUGCAAUUGGGCGACGAAAGGUGCUAAUGCUGGUGAAGAGAAACAAAGUGUGGACACCAAGGUGGACCAUACAAAUGGUUCAUCAGAAGCUGGAAAGGAGAAUUCAAAUGAAGAUGGUCCUGAAAAUAACCCACUGUUUACCACUGUUUAUGUUGGUGGUCUUCCUCAUGAGGCCACCAACAAUGAUGUGCACCUGUUUUUUCAUUCACUUGGGGUUGGCUCAAUCGAGGAGGUCCGUGUAACACGUGACAAGUGCUUUGGCUUUGUGAGGUACAGCACCCAUGAGGAAGCUGCACUGGCAAUUCAGAUGGGCAAUGGCCAACUGAUUGGCGGGAGGCCGAUAAGGUGCUCCUGGGGAAACAAGCCAACUCCACCGGGGACAGCAUCUUCGCCGCUCCCCCCUCCGGCACCGUCUCCAUUCCCCACCGGCAUGUCCGCAGCUGACUUCCUGGCUUACCAGCGUCUGGCCCUGAGCAAGAUUGCCACGAACCCAGGCCUAGUGGGCCAGCACGCCCUGAAGCAGGCCACGCUGGGGAUGGAAGCCGGGACCAGCCAGGCUAUCUAUGACGGUGGCUACCCUGGCAUCAACGCUGCUGCCGCUGCCCAGCAGCAGCAGCAGCAGCUCAUGUACUUCUAGAGUGACAACUACCGCAUGAGGCGCCAGCUACCUGUCUCUGCAAGAGGAAGGACGCCCCCAAUUACACCCCCCAUAUACAUAUACUAGCAGUAUCAUAGUAGAUGAAGCCUUACCAGGACCUUUUUUUUUAUUUCCCGUUAAUCUUUCGUUACACCAUCUAAGUAACUUGUCCUGUAUGCCGGCUAUAUAUACACACACACACAUAUUCACCACUGUAGAACAUAUCUACUUCUAGAGACAUGGAAACCAAGUCCGGAUGGGUGUCACGCUGGCUUUCUAGUAUAAUUUUCUGUGUUUGGAUC